AACCUUUUUACUGUCAAUUAAAAAGACAUGAACAGUACUGUUGUGGAUAAGGCUCGCAAAUUUGUAGAAGAGACAGCCGAGCAAAUAAAACAAGUGGUUGGCGACAGCCUUACCGAAUCUAAAUAUGUAACUCCAAUUGGAUUAGCCACAGCAGCUGUCGCGGGCUUUUUGAUUUGGGAACAGGUUGACUAUCAGAGAAAGAAGAAGCACUUGCCUGGACCAGUGUUUAAGGUACCCCUUAUUGGAUCCUUGAUGGAUUCGAUGAAACCAACGUUUGACAAGUACAAUUCGAAAUGGAAAAGUGGAAACCUGUCUUGUGUCUCUGUCUUUAACAGAUUUAUCGUAAUCGCUUCAAACUGCGAAUUUAGUCGCAAAAUACUAAAUUCACCCAGCUUUGUUCAACCUGCUGUGGUUGACUCCAUGAGGUAUAUCUUGACAGAUGAUAAUUGGGUCUUUAUGGAUGGAAAACAGCAUGUUGAAUACCGCAAAGGCUUAAAAUUUCUCUUUCAAAGAAAUGCUCUUGGGGGUUAUUUACCCAUCAUGGACAAGUGUUAUCAAGCAUUCUUUGAUGAAUGGCUCUCUCAUGAGGGCAAAGUCAGAAGAUAUCAAUGGGACUUUAGAGAAUUGAACAUGCAGUCAUCGCUUCGUGUUUUCCUUGGAGAUUUCAUGCCAGAGUCUGUCGCAAAAAGAUGCUCUGAAGAAUACUUCAACAUCACAGCUGCCCUUGAACUUGUCAAUUUCCCUUAUCCUCUUCCUGGUACCAAAAUAUAUAGAGCUAUGAAAUCUCGACAGUACAUCUAUGACGCAUUUGUUGAGUCCAUUAAAGAUGCUCGAAUUCGUAUAGACAACGGUGGUGAAGCUACAUGUCUUUUGGAUAAUUGGCUCAUUGCUAUGAAAGAAAAUGAAAAAGAGUGCCUGGAAAAGGGAAAACCCGCACCCCAUGCCUUCACAAAUCGGGAGAUUGCUUUAACCAUCUUAACCUUCUUAUUUGCCUCACAGGAUGCGACUUCUUCUGCACUCACUUGGACUUUCCAGCUUUUGGCUGAUCAUCCUGACGUGUUAAAGAGAGUCUAUGACGAACAAGAUAGGUUGCGUGCUGAUGACCCCAAUCAGCCUCUAACUCUUGAACUCAUGGAGAAAUCUGUAUACCUUCGCCAAGUCGUCAAGGAAGCACUCCGCCUUCGACCUCCUGUACUCAUGGUUCCUUAUCAGACACACAAGGAUUUUCCUAUUACAGACACUUAUACUGUUCCCGCCAACUCAAUGAUCAUUCCCACUACUUAUCCCGCGCUUCAUGACCCAAUCGCCUAUCCUAAUCCCGAAUCAUUUGAUCCAGACAGAUGGGGACCGGAGGGUAUAGCAGAAAGCUACCCAAAGAACUUUAUGGUGUUUGGUAAUGGUCCUCAUCUCUGCAUUGGUAAAGAAUAUGCUAUUCUUCAUGUCAUGUCUACAAUCGCUCAAGCAACAAGAAGACUUGAGUUCAAGCACUAUCCUACUCAAGAGUCAAAUACUAUCUGGUUAUUUGCAACCACUUAUCCGAAGGAUGAGUGUUCCAUGAGUUUCCAUCCUCGAACAAAAUUCCCUUAUACCAUUUGAUCUCUCAUUCAGUCUUAGUUAAUAUAUAAAGCCAUGAUUGAAUUGUAAUAAUAGUAAUAAUAAUAAUG